AUGUCAAGCAAACAAGCAAAACAAGAAAAAAAGCUGGUAACGUCCAACGAUGUAUUUCUUUACAUUCCAAAUUUAAUUGGCUACUCUAGAGUUGUCACUGCUGUGUUAUCCUUCAUGGCUAUGCCAAACCAUCCAAUGUAUACGGCUUUAAUCUACACUGUUUCAUGCUUGUUAGAUGCCUUGGAUGGUACCAUGGCUCGUAAAUAUAACCAAUGUAGUAAAUUCGGUGCUGUUUUAGAUAUGAUAACCGACAGAUCAACAACUUCAAGUUUGCUAUGCUUCCUAUCCAUUCUGUAUCCAAAAUACUGUAUCAUAUUUCAGAUUCUAUUGUCUUUGGAUCUAUCUAGUCACUACAUCCACAUGUACUCCACUUUAAUCGAUGCUAAGAAUGAAACCAAGUCGCACAAAUCCAUUGACGAAAAUUCCAACUACUUUUUGAAACUGUACUACUCUAACAGAACUGUUCUAUUCAUGAUAUGUGCUUUCAAUGAAAUAGUCUACGGUGGUAUUUAUUUAAUCGGAUUCCAAAAGUACGCCAAAGUUGGCUAUUUCUUAUUCUACAUUAGUCUACCAGGGUUUUUAUUCAAGCAGUUCACCAACAUUUUACAAUUACAAAGGGCUUCUAUCAUUUUAGCCUCCAUCGAUGCCGAUGACGCUAACAAAGCUAACAAAUAUUGA